CUGAUUUAGCAAAUGACGUAUCCCAUAAUAAAUUUAAUAGAUUAUUAUUAGAAAAGACACUAGAGGCUAUUUCAAAUUAAUUCCAAACGGGAAUACCUAGAACCUCAAAAUUGUUUUAAAAUCCAAGAUUCACAUGACGAUUGUUCUGACUGAUAUUGACAUCUCCAAAAAUAAGUAAUUUAUCGCCCGUCACAUUGGUUUUGUACACGUCUUGUUGUAAUUAAAAAUUGAAAUUGUAAUCGUGUUGUGGAGUUUGGAGGUACGUAUAAGAACUGUUUAUAUCAGCAUAAUAAGUUCCCAAUCAAUCACUAUGUUGUAAUUGCAUAAAACAAGGAAUGGAAAAUAAAAAACGAAAAAGAUCUCCAAAAACCACAGCUGAACAGUUUUCACUCUAUAUUGAAAAACUUGAAAAUAACAUUAACUUCCGGGAAAACGCCUUCCACCCAGGGGAAGACACUGACUAUAUUAAAAGUGUAUGGCAAAAUUUAACAGAACUGUUAAACAGCAGUGGGGGGCCUAAAAAAAAUUACAAAGAGUGGAAAAAGACUUUUAGCAACUGGAAAACCAGUGUCAGAGCAAAAGCUCGAGCAAUCAAAGCUAGCCAAAAAGAAACUGGUAACGACGGUGAACCUGAAGCUCCACUUACAAAAUUGGAAAUACGAUUAUUAAAUGCAACUGGGAAUAUUGUGGUGAAUGGCCUGGAUAUUCCUGAAUUGGGGUUGGAAGAGGAACCUGUGAUUUCAAAAGCAACAAACACAGCAUCAUGUAGUUCAACCGCAAUUUCUGUGAUUUCAAAGCCAGCAGGCAGUGGACCACGCAGUUCAAACGCAAUUCCUGUGAUUUCAGAGGCAACAGAGGCUCCGUCCAAUAGUUCAGAUGCAAUCCAAAAUAUACGAAAGAAAAAAUGUUAUAAUACAUUCAACAGUGCUCUUAAAAACCUUACAAUGAACACGUCUCAAAAUGAAGUCGAAAAAGAAAAAUUGGUGGUUUUGAGACAAAUAAAUACGAAUUUAAGUAAAUUAGUCGAAUUAGAAACUUUUAAGUUGAAAUUAAAAUAUCCACAAAUUAAUAUUGAGGAGACUGAGGAUAAUGUGCAAUAAGGACCAAGAUAUAUCUAGGUUUUGUUACAGUUUAUUUUGUAAUUCUUGUUAAUAAGUUGAGAGUU